GCGUGGGCCGGGUGGGAAGCGGCGUUGACCCGCGGUGGGGAGGAGCGGGACCCCAGACAGCGGGCAGGGGCGUCUAGGUCCAAACCAUUGGCUUGGGUUCGAAUGGCCCCCCAGCUCUAAGAGGGUGGUUCUGCCGGUGCGUCUGCGGGACGGGGGUGGGGGGCGUGCGCAUGCGUGAGGGUGCGCUCUGCUUGCGUGGAGAGCCCCGUGACUUUUGAACUUGGCUGACAGCUCUGUAACAAGUGCCGUGAACGUCAUCACCUUUGUUUUUGUUCUCAGUGGCCUCAGUAUCUAGAGGGACAAGAAGUUCCAAGAGGUGCAGAUUUGGGGUCCUGGGUGAAGGUUCCAAAUAUGAAUUUGCCUCCUAAUCUUAUAUCCUAAUUUCUAAAGAACCUGUGGGUUCUUGUGAGGUUAAAGACCUGGGUCUCCAGAAACAAAUCUCAUCCUGAAGAGACCCUUGGGACAUUUGAUCCCUCCCCACAGUUUCAGUCCCAGAAAGGGGUAGAUCCUGGAACUGCAGGGCAUAGCAUAGGAAUUCUUUGUUUUCCUGUUGCGUAAGGUGCCACUGUAACCGAACUAACCUGAGUUCACUCCUUGGCGAGUGACAGAUGCAAACUACACCAGGUCGAGUUGUACAAAGGAAAAUUUGCAGCAGAUAAGGAGCUCAUGAGGCAUAACUUUCAAAGCCUUGACUCCCUGAGUAAGGUUGAAGGGGUUCCUUUUAUUUAGGGUUAGGAUGAAUAUUUAGAAAGGGGAUCUUUGUCAUUGUAUUGUAGAUGGAGUAAGGUCCUGCAGUCGCCUUAAGGCAACCUACCUAUACUCACACACAUUCUGUGUUAUGUAAAUGGUACUCCUAUUUGAACCAAGAUGUUAGUAUUAUAAUAUGGUGGUUGCCGCACCUUCUAGAGGUCACUCCAUGAUCCCGCCUGCUCAGGGUUAAGCUCAAAGUGGUCCUGGCGGUGUUGGGGCAGUUGGUAUUGGGGCAUUCGCUAUCCCUUGACAGGUGAUUCCAAUUUCCAUUUGCCUGCGUUUAGAGAAGCCGGAAAGAGCUUAAGGAAAAAUGUGGGACAGAGAUUGAAGUUUCAGGCCCGCGAGUGGUUCACUGGAGUCUCUGUUGUCAUCUGGCACUGAUAGCGUCUCCUUCUGGGUCUCUGGUGCAGACGCCUUCUUUACCAUGGUGGAUCUAAGUCCCCCAGAGUGUUUACUGGAGAGGCCCUGUUCUUAACUGACUGCCGGCCUGCCAGGCUUUGUGAGACAACUCAAAGAAGAUACUCUUCUAGUCACACCAUAGGAUCCAUACCACCUACCUACCUCUGUGGAGAGAUUUCAGAGCAAGGGGCUCAGGGCAGCCACAGUUCCUUCAAGGGGUCAGCAGCAUCAGUCCAGAGGCACAGACCGCACAAAGGGAGAGUCCCCUCCAAGAAUUCCUCUCCCAGUUCCCAGUGUGGAUGCGUGAGCCCGGAUGAACCGCUGCCAACUGCUCCAUCGGUGGGGAACCAGUUGUAUCUGCACAGGACUCUAUGCUUUUGUAAGAACGGCAGAAAAUGGACAAAUCCCAGGGGUCACUGUCAUUUGGGGAUGUGACUGUGGACUUCUCCUGGGAGGAGUGGCAGUGCCUGAACCCUGCUCAGAGGACCCUGUACAGGGACGUGAUGCUGGAGAACUACCACAACUUUGUCUCAUUGGGGUUUCUCAUUAACAAGCCAGAGGUGAUCUUCAGAUUGGAGGAAGGGGAAGAGCCAUGGAUAGUAAAGGAAGAAUUUCUAUACCAGAACUACCCAGAAGACAACAAAGCUCAUUACCUAACAGAGAGAAUCCAGGAAAACCAAGACAAAUAUUUGCUACAAGUUGCAUUUAAGAACAAAACACUGGCCUCAGAAAAAGUUCAUGCUUUAAGAAAACCAUCUAAUAUGAGUGCAAACUUUGUUCCUUCAAGAAAAAUGUCCUGUAAAUACGACUUACAUGGAGUGAGUUUGAAAAAUAUUUUAAUAUCAAUUGGUAGUAAUAGAAAUUCUUCAAGAAAAAAAUAUGGUAUUUUAAAUGUAUAUGAGAAAUUUCUUGAUACUAAGCAGGAAAAACCUCAUGCUCAAGAGAUUUCUUGUGAAAAUAAUCAGAAUGAGAAAACCUUUGGCCAUAAGAAUGGUAUUAUUCAGCACCUAAAUACUCAGACUUCAGAGGAGACUUUAAAAUAUAAUGAUGGUGGAAAACCCGUAGGAGAAAAGACCGUAAUAAUUCCACACAGGCAAAAUGACAUAGGAGAGAAACUCUGUGAAUAUAAGGAACAUGGGGAAACCUGUGAGAUAUCAUCUCUGUUGAAAUGUCAUGCGGUCUACACAGAAAUAAAACAAUCCAAAAGCAAUCAAAUGGAAAAUAAUUUCAGUAAGAUGUCACACCUCACUCAAGUUCAGAAAAGCCAGAGAGGUGAGUGUCUAUUCAAAUGUAAUGAAUGUGGGCAAACAUUCAACUACAAGUCAAAUCUCACAGCGCAUCAGAGAACACACACAGGAGAGAAACGCUAUGAACCUAAUUCACGUAGGAAGACCAGUCACAAAUCAGUUCUCAGAGACCAUUGGAGGACACAUACAGGGGAGAAACUUUAUAAAUGUAGUGAAUGUGGGAAGUCCUUUUACAAGAAGUCAUCCCUCAUUCGACAUGAGAGAACAUACAUGAGGGGGAAGCCCCAUGAAUGUAAUGAAAGUGGGAAAACUUUCACCUUCACUCAACAUCAGAGAACUCCUACAGGAGAGAAACGCUUUCAGUGUAAUGAAGACCGUAAAACUUUCUGUCAGCAGUCAGACAUAAAGAGACAUCAGAGGAUUCACACAGGGGGGAAACGCUUUCAGUGUAAUGAAUGUGGUAAAACUUUCCAUUGGCAAUCAGACAUUAAGCUACAUCAGAGAACUCACACAGGAGAGAAACCCUUUCACUGUAACAAGUGUGGUAAAACUUUCUAUCGGCAGUCAGAUGUUAAUGCACAUCAGCGAAUUCACACAGGAGAGAAACGCUUUCAGUGUGAUCAGUGUGGUAAAACUUUCUAUUGGCAGUCAGACGUGCAUGCACAUCAGAGAACUCACACAGGAGAGAAACCCUUUCAGUGUAACAAAUGUGGUAAGUCUUUCCAUAGGCAGGCAGACGUUAAUGUUCAUCAGAGAACUCACACAGGAGAGAAACGCUUUCGAUGUAAUGAAUGUGGAAAAACUUUCUACCGGCAGUCAGACGUUAAUGCACAUCAGAGAAUUCACACGGGAGAGAAACCCUUUCAAUGUAAUCAGUGUGGUAAAACUUUCUAUCGGCAGGCGGACGUUAACGUGCAUCAGAGAACUCACACGGGAGAGAAGCGCUUUCAAUGUAAUGAAUGUGGAAAAACUUUCUACCGGCAGUCAGAAGUUAACGUACAUCAGAGAACUCACACAGGAGAGAAGCCCUUUCAGUGUAAUGAAUGUGGUAAAACUUUCUAUCGACAGUCCGAUGUCAAUGCACAUCAGAGAAUUCACACAGGAGAGAAACCUUAUAAAUGUAACGAAUGUGGGAAAUCUUUUUACGAGAAGUCAUCCCUCACUCGACAUGAGAGAACUCACACGGGAGAAAAACCCUAUGAAUGCCAGGAGUGUAGGAGAACUUUCUGCCAGAGGUCAGCCCUCACUCAACAUCAGAGGACUCACACGGGAGAUAGACCCUUUCAUUGUAAUGUGUGUGGCAAAACUUACCGUCAUCUCUCAGCUUUCAACGUACAUCGGAGAACUCACACAGGAGAGAAACCCUUUCAGUGUAUUGAAUGUGAGAAAUCUUUUCUUACAAAGUCGACUCUUAUCAAUCAUCAGAGGACUCACACAGGGGAAAAGCCCUAUGAAUGUAAUGAAUGUGGGAAGAGUUUCCGUCAUAAAUCUACCCUCACUACCCAUCUGAGAACUCACUCAGGAGAGAAACCUUAUAAAUGUUGUGAAUGUGGAAAAGCUUUCGGGCGGAAAUCAGCCCUUACAAAUCAUCAAGGAGUUCACGUAGGGUAGGAACCCUAUGGCAGAAAUGUGCUAUGUUUUUCCCAAUACCCAUUUCUCCUUCUUUAUGGUUACACAACUAGUCCAGAUUUGCUAGCCUGUCUUCCAUACACAUGAGGCCACAUGACCUGUGACUCGCAAUAUGGGCACAAAUUCCAAGCCUGUAAAAGACCUCAUUUGGAAUUUUUCCUACUUUCGUUUUUCUUUCCUUAUCAGGGGGUAAUGGAGAUAUCCUCAGGACAACGUGGAAGCUAGUCAUUAGAGAUUACAGAUUCUUAAGUUGGGAGAAACCAGGGUCCUGGGCAGAGUUUUGCCUUCACUAACAUCACUUCGUAAGUCUUGUCGUAGACGAGAAAUAAUUUUUUUUUCAGCCAUUACAUGUUUAGAGCUUUCUGUUGUCAUAGUGUAUGCUAGCCAUGCUUUAUCCCGUCUAUCCUGUGAAUCUAAUGAAGGUAUGAGAAACACUGUAGGUCAGAGAAUUCAUUAGGGGAGAAACCGCUCUCAAUAUCCUGCAUUUUAAUAAACCUUCAUCAACAAGCCAAACAUUUUAUAAAUCAGAAAUUUACAGUGGAAAACCCCAAAAAUGAAUGUAGGAAAAUUUUCACAGUCUGAUUGUCCAGUAGAUAAUUGAGAGUAGAAUAAAGCUAACAACCUGAAAAACGUUUCAAGAGUUAUAUAUCAGAAUACGUAACAAAAGAAAAUUGUCAGUUUAGGAAACGAGGAAAACAUCCUUACCUAGAAAUGAUCUUAUUCUAGAAGCGAUGUUUCGGAUGCAGUAUUAAAUAACUUACAAAUAAUAUGACACAGGAUGUUUAUUUAACGGUCUUGCUCAUCAAGGGACACAUCGCUUUGAGAAAGGCGCAAGUGAGUUGAGUCAGAGCGGCGGCAUUAAAUGUAUAUGAGUAGCAUCUGUGCUAGGUCAGGCUUGCACACGACAGUGCUCUUUAACAGCUGUUUUCUGUAUCCUUGAUUUUUGUUUUGUACUCACAGUAGUUACAGUAGGAGCAUUGCACCCUUAUCUAAGUAACUUUUGUAACGUACGCUAGGAUUUCUGACACUAAAUACUAUUGUCCCAUCACAUAUUUACACCUCAACAUAUAUGAAUUUUAAAAGGAACAUUGAAUGCGUGAAUGUCAUGUGUUUUCUGCUUUUUGGUGGCAUAUAUAACUCCAUAUAGACAUUGUGAAGAAACUGUCCUUUUAGCAAAUCACCCAUAUAACAUUUAAUAAAGUCAAGAUUUAUUGGAAAUCUGCAACGAUUCAGCACACAUUUGUUUAUGAUACACAUAUAAGUUAAUUUUCAAAGGUGGCCUUGAACAUGAGUACUUCGUACACUGUUCGGAUUGAAAGCAGGGCCCAUUGAAGACAUUUCCCCCAUUUUUGUGUUUUCUAGAGGGUAUGUUUAUGUAAGUUUAAGUGCAAAGUGCAGAUAUUAAUGUGAGCACAGGACUCUCUGCAUUUGUAUUUUUUUUGUGGUAGGCUGCCACAUUUCUGCCCUAGAAUUAUGCAUGGUUUCUGGAAACUGUUCUAUGCCUGUCACUUACUAUUUGAGUGACCUGUGUAGUGAUUUAAUCUUUCUGCUUCAAUUUCAUUAUCUACCUCACAGAUAGUGAACAGUUUGGGUUGAUGUUUUCUGUUAUUAGAGCCAAAGGCAGUUAUGUUUAGAACUUGAACAUUAGAAAUAAAAUAGUCAUUCCAUAGUAUGAAGUGUAUUUCUGCUUCUUGAGUUGAUACAAGAAGAUUCUUUUUAGAACUUUGUAUUUUGUCAGGUUUGUCUUUAAAAUAUAUGAAACAAAUGUGUUUAGAAUAAACAGAAUAAUCUAUUGACCUCUUUGUGUUGUUGGUUAAAUAUGGUGUGAACUAAAAAUCCAACUUUUUUUUUUUUUUUGCAAAUGACUAGCCAGUGGAUCUUUCGCCUGUACAUUCAUUUGCCCUUACUUCACUGAUUUGAAACCCCAUUUUUUGUAUAGACACCCUUUGAUGUGGCUAUUGCAUUUCUAGGCCCUGCGUUCUUGUCCCCAUUCUUGUCAUGUCUACUGCUGGUCCAUAAUCUAGAUGGACCAACCACAGGACACCACCCUCCUUCCCUACACUGAAGAUUUCACUGCUGUUCACUCUCUGCUUUUUGCCACUGUGUAUAAACUCAUCGUGAAUUUCGGUGGUUCUGGUAACAUUUUGUCAUCUUCCACACUGUGCCUUGAACACCACUUAUUAAAACCAGCAAAAUGGUUUUGAGUUAUGACCAUAUUUAUAUAUGUAGCUUUUGUUCUUUUUAGCAUCUUAUGCUCCGUUCUAUUAAAAUAACUUCAUUCUGUUGAAAGGCAUCUUGUUUCUAAUUUUUCAUCGUUCUGAACAAUACUACUUUGGACACUUUGUGUUUAUGCAGACUACAGCUGCAUCCUCAACCCACAGUAAGAAACACAUUUCUGUAAAUACAGCCGAGCACUUGUUGAUUCAAUAAAUAUUAGUCACUAUGUAGAAGGCGUUGUACAACAGUGAAUACAACAGAAGUUCUAAUCUAAUCUUCCCAAGGUUAAAUUCCAGUGAGACAUAAUCAGCGUUGCCAGAAGAGAGAAACCACAGCAGCGAUUUGAACAGAAACAACAUGAUACAAGGAAUUGUUAACUUGGUGUACUGUUGUCUAGGGAUCUAAAAGGGUAUACGGGGAACCCUGAGAUAUGAAGAAGAAUCUGAAAGGGAAAAAUAAGAGUCAAGUGUAUCCCUAGGAUAGCAACUGCAGGCAGCAGCUCCAAGCUCUAGGCUGGUAAAAUGAAGGGAACAGGGUAGGCGUCCCUCAGAGCUGAAGUGCAGAACUCCGAAGGAACCUGUUCCACUGCUGGGGGUAUCUGAGCCCAGAGGAAUGGCCUCACAGGUCUGGGACCCAUAUUGGCUGCCUG